GAUUCUUUUUUACGGCUUACAUCAUAUCAUUCUUUUUUACUGCAUCAUAUAACAUCGUUCAAAUGUUAUUGAUCCGUGCUGGCCACGAUUCAAUUGAACGAACCGGAUUGCAAUCAAUGAAUCAAAUCUCACGUUUCAUUUUUGAUACUCGUACACCCUUCCACGAUUGUGGUUUGUUUCCGGCUCAGGUAGGCACCCUUGAGGUGGAGGCUUGAGGAUCAAUCUCCAUUGUGGGCACAACAUUGGAAAUCCCAUAAAAGUUGGAAUAUCUGUUCUUAAAAAUUUUGUUUAUUUUUUUUUUCUAUGUCCACCAAUAUUGAGACAACCUGUAUAUAAAUAAAUAUUUUUUAUUGGAUUAUAUCGCUUCCGUCUUUAGAGGAAAUUACUUAAUACUGAUAAGAUAGUACUGAUUAGAAUCGGUAAUGAAAUAUUUAAGGCAGUUUAUUCCAGAUGAAUAUCAUUUUUGAAUUAUAAACAAACUACAGCUGUCACAGUUAGUAUCAAUAAUAGUUUUAUUAGUGAUAAAAAAGUGGAGAAAUAAUUUUGUUUUUUUUUUAAAAAUAAAUAAAAUGCGUCUAAGAAAUAAGGAUAUCAGUAAUGACCAACCGAACCAAACCAGCCCUGCUGAAGAAGGGGUUGAAUAUACUGGUGAUAAAGGUCCAAAAUUUGGCGUCAGGUAUAUUCAAAUGAUCAUCAGUGCCGUAGGAACUGGCAUCAUAACAUCGACGACUACUACUUUUUCCAUACUAUUAAUUGCCAUGAUUACAGAAGGUUCUUCUAUAAAUCCUGAUGUACCUUAUUACGAUUUUAACGACAACCUUCCUAUGCUGUACACUGUUGGUAUGGCCACCAGUCUGGCGCUUCAACUAUUCGCUGGUCAUUUUGGAAAGAACGGACCCAAAUGGUACAUAGUUGGUGCUGCUUUACUCAACGGACUGUCUUUGGGUGCCAUACCACUUGCUGCCAAAUGGUUGGGUCUAGGGGGAGUCAUUGUUUGCAGGCUGAUCCAAGGAGGAGCACAGGGGGGGUUUGAGCCACUGAGUAUUUGCGUGGGGGGAUUGUGGAUACCAUCGGAAGAAAGAGCUCGACUCAGUUUUGCCGGAGUUGGAUUUGCUUCACUGGCCAACAUGCUUGGAUCUAUCCUGGUCGGUAUCAUAUCGAAAUCAUGGAUGGGCUGGCCGUGGGGUUUCUAUUUCCUGGCAAUCAUUAACAUGAGCUACACUGUAAUAUGGGUGUUAUUUUUCCAUAACAAACCUGAGACUCAUCCAACCAUCACUCCCGAAGAGAAAAGAUAUAUUCAGGUGUCUUUAAGUCAACAACCUGGAAAGAAUAUUCCAACUCCAUGGAAGAAAAUUGUCUUAUCCAUACCAGUUUGGGCUAUCAUCAUAUCACUGAUUGGAACAAACUUUUCCAUGGUUUAUAAGGGUUCUUAUAAAACAAUAUUUUUAUCUGAGAUAAUGAAAUUCGAUAUCCAAGCGAAUGGAAUUGUUCAAGCCAUACCAACACUUGUUGCUUGCAUCAGCGGUAUUUUUGUUUCAACCUUAUGCGAUCUAACUGUCAAACGACGAUGGCUAUCUAGAUUAAACGCCCGAAGAUUCUUCCAGAUAUUUGGUUCCACUGUAUAUGCACUGUGUCCAAUAAUAAUGACUUUCAUCCCCGCUGAGUAUAACAAAUGGGCUGUAGUGAUGAUGUCAAUUCAAGACGUGUUUUUGAUUGUAUUUAUCAUUGGAGGUAGCAACAUCAAUACAUUCGAAAUUUCACCGGUUUUCGCUGGAGUCAUCCAUGGAAUGGCAACUACUUGUGCUAGUCUUGUUGCUCUACUAGCACCAUACAUAUACAAAUGGGUUGUUAGUGAUCCGACGAAUGUACAGGAAUGGAGGUUGUCUUUUUUCAUCAAUGCUCUCAUCACCAUAACUUCGGGACUAAUAUACGGUGUCAUGGCCUCAGUCAAAAGGCAGAAUUGGGAAGGUGAAGCUGAAAUUGAAGUGAGCCCAAACGAAGCAAGGAGAUACAGCAUUACAAGUGUCGAGCAGGCUAUACCUAAACUGUAAAAGUAGUUUUUAGGAGUAUGGUUAUUUACAAACAUUUUUAUUCUUAUUUAUAUAUCUUAUGGACCAGUUUAUACAUAUAGUUAUUAUAUAAUAAUAAAUAUCUAGUCGUUUUAGAUCUAGAAAGUUGAUUUAGGCACAGCUUAUUCAGCACCAGCUGGUCAUUUUUGCUUAUUCUACCAGUGUUUCACUUGCUAUUUAUUAAAUAACAUAAGCUAAGCGAAUAUCUAAGUACAUGAGCAGAUUAUCGUGCAAAUGAUCGUAAGACAGCAUUCUGGUUAUGAAUAGACUGUGAUUUAAGUCCUAAUUUAUUUUUUUAUACAUAAAAAACUUAGGCCUCAUUUAGAGUAGAUUAGUUGUUCUUUUGAAGCGACUUAAAUAGA